AUGGCUCUCCGGCAAUACAGCAAGUACGGUGUCCAGUCUCAAGCACAGAAUGACACCAUGUGGGAGUUCUUUUCGCAGAAAACCAUCUUCGUCACCGGAGGCACGGGCUUCUUGGGCAGCGCAUUAGUCCUCCGGUUGGUCUCGCAGGCUCGCCCAAAAUGUAUAUAUCUCCUCUGCCGUCGGGCCGUACAAAAAUGGCAAAAGAUCCUCCCCAAGCCCAUGUCCGAGACGCUAAUUUCGUCGGACCUGAUCACCUAUCUGGACGGCGACAUCCAAGAGCCAAAUCUAGCCCUUCCCCCAACCUCGCUUACACUCCUUAAAACAACCACCGAGAUCAUCAUCCACGCCGCCUCAUCCAUCAACCUCGUGGACCCGCUCCACAAACUAUCCCAAAGCAUCAUCGGCGCUACCGAACGGCUUGCCCACUUCGCGCUAUCCUGCCCCCACCUCCACCGCUUCGUGUACAUUUCCUCUGCCUUCGCGAACAGUCAUCUCUACGCGGAAGCCUCCUCCCGGGCCGCCGUCGACAUCUCGGUCCGAGAAACACUAUACCCGCUUCAUCCAUCAUCACCCUCAUCAUCAUCCCCAUCCAUCUCCACAGCAACAAUCUACGAAGAGCUCCAAUCCCGAGGCACAACAACGGAAUACGAGUCCCGGUCUCACGAUUUCCCCUGGCCCUACGCCUAUGCCAAGCACCUCUCGGAACGGGUCCUCCUUCAAGCCUUCAACCAGAACCAUGAUCAAAGCCCAAACCAUAAUCAUACCCAUGAUGCCUUCCCCAACAAACUCCUCAUAAUCCGGCCAUCCAUCUUCGGCCCGGCCCAGAACUUCCCUUACCGAGGCUACAGCGUACCCUUAUCAACACCACUAACCACCAUAGCAACAAUGGUAUCGCUCACCCCCUCAAUUCGGUUCCAGGCCGCGACGCGCGCCAAGAAUCCCGAUACGGAAGUCACCGCGGACGAAGUGCCCGUGGACGUGGUCGUGGAUCGGACGCUGUUUCACCUCGCCUACGGGAGUCAUGGCAUUGUGCACGCCGUCUGCGGUGAAUGCGGCCGGUACGCGUUCAAAGAGCUUUGGGACGAUGGGAUGGCGGUGCGGAAGAUGCCCUGGCGGCUGAGGAUGACUUGGUUGGAUGUGGAUUGGCAUUCUCCGCGGUUGCAUUAUAUCGCGAGGCUUUUUGUGCUUUAUGGCAUGUCUUUUAAUUUCUCCGAGGAGAGGACAGUAGAGCUUUGGGAUCGGGUUCCUGAGGAGCAGAGGCAGGGGUUGAAUAUCUUCAAGGAUUGUAGUAGGGGGUUUGGGUUGCUGGAUAGGAAGGAAGAUAUGCGAGUCUGCGCGAGAGCGCUUAUGAGCUAUUUCGGAUAUCCGAAGUGGAUUGGAUCGUUACUCUAG